AUCAUAAAAAUAUGUGCGGUUUGGGGAGAGGGGGCACAUUCGGACAGCCUUUAUUAAUGAUUUGACAUUAUUCAAAGAUGCCCACCUGCAGAGAGAGGAUGAGAGAGAGAGACACAGGGGGAGAGAUGAAAGAUUUUUUUUCUCUCAUUGGUGGGAGACAGUGAGUGAGUGAGUGAGUGGGAGUGGGAGGGAAAGCGGCAGUCAGAAACAAGCAAACUAAUUCUCAUCGAAGAACAGUCGUGUCAGAGCAGGAGCUGCGGUUAGUUAAUCUCUCUGGCGGUUUUUGUGCAUCAACAAAGAAACGUUACUGGCGUUAUUUUUCCUGUUUCAAUCAAGGUACCAGGUAGGACCAGAGUUUCUACUUUGGAUAGGGUGGCGCAAACACACGCACCCACACUUCUCCGGAGCCGCGACAACUCAAGACAGAAAGAGAAAGAGGGGCGAACACACACCGACCAGCUUCACCGGCAGAGGGUGUGGGUGAGGAUUGCCUGAGGACUGUGAUGAGAAGAUAUAUCAACUGCUGAUUCACUAUCUAGAUCCUUGAUUUUCUACCUGGGCGUUAUGGACUUUCUGUGGGGUCACAAGCUAUUUUAAGGUGAAUGCCGUCAUGCCAUUUGGAUGCCUUGCCCUGCGAGAUGGGCGAACAUAUGAUAGCAUAUCUGAUGUCACAGACAAAUAUGAAAUCGGACAGGUCCUCCGAGCGAAGGAGUUCUGUGAACUGUGCCUGGCUAAGAACAGACAGACAGACAAGGUGUUUGUCUGCAAGAAAUUCCUCAAGAAAGAUGGCAGGAAAGUCCGCAAGGCUGCCAAGAGCGAGAUCAUGAUCCUCAAAUUGGUCAACCACCCAAACAUCCUUCAGCUGAUCGAUACGUUCGAGACCCGGAAAGAAUACUUCAUCAUCCAGGAGCUUGCGACAGGAGGAGAUGUAUUUGACUGGAUUUUGGACCAGGGGAAUUACACAGAGAGAGAUGCUUCCAAUGUCAUCAAACAAGUCCUCGAGGCUGUGGCAUACUUACACUCCCUUAACAUAGUUCACAGAAACCUCAAGUUGGAAAACCUGAUGUACUACACAGAAAAUAACCACAACAAAGUAGUCCUGCGAGAUUUCUACCUAUCCAGGUUUGAAAACAGACCUAUCACAGAGCCUUGUGGGACACCAGAGUAUCUGGCUCCUGAAGUGGUGGCUCGCCAUCGAUAUGGUCGUCCUGUGGACUGUUGGGCUGUGGGUGUGAUUAUGUACAUACUCUUAUCAGGUAACCCUCCUUUUUAUGAUGAGACAGAGGAGGAGAACACAGAUCUACAUAAUCGCAUAAUCUUCUGUCGCAUUGUUGCUGGGGACUUUGAGUUUGAUUCUCCUUACUGGGAUGACAUUUCACCUGCAGCUAAGGACCUUGUCUGUCGACUUAUGGAGGUGGACCAGAUGCUAAGACUCCCAGCACAAGAUGCACUUUGGCAUGAAUGGAUUGCAGGGAAUGGUGCAGCAGAGAAGAACCUAAAAGAUGGUGUAUGCGCCCAGUUUGAGAAGAACUUUGCAAAAGCCAAAUGGCGGAAAGCGAUCCGUGUCACCACUUUCAUGCAACGACUAAAGAAUUCAGAAGCACUGACUGACAGUACAGCUGAAGUUCAGGGUGGUGAAAAGGCAGGAGAUGGUGAAGUGAAUGUGCCUCAGGGGACAAAUCAUGAGGUUAACAAAGAUGGAGGGGUGACAUCAAGUAGCAUGUUUUUAGAGGUUAAUGUUGAAAAUGCACCAUCAGGUAUGGACUACAAUGAUGAAAGGAGUAUGGUGGGAGAAAAGCAUGAUGAGGUGAAGAUCAGCAUAAGCCCAUCUGUAGGAACUUCCCCAUCAGAUAUUCUGGAGCCUCUCAGCCAAUCAAUUGCAGCCCCCAAACUUGCACAGGAGGAACCCAAUAAGGUUGGUACAAAGAAAGCAACAAGUGAUGGAACCAGAAAAAUGGCUGGCAGUUUGGGUCAAGAUAAAGUUGAUCCAGAAUCCAAAACAUACCCUGUGGUGACACCUGCCCCCUUCAAGUUGUCAGAUGGUUCUUCAGGCACUAAUCUUGACAAAAAACACACAUCCACCUCCCCUGAUCCCAGCACCAAACGCAAGAUGGCUGCAACGCUCCAUGGCCCUCCAGCUACAGCCUCUGCUGCUACAACAGUCUCACCAGAGAAGAGACCAGCCACACAGAAGGAGCAGAAGGAUGAGACUGAUGCAAGCUGGUGUCAGACACAAGUACCUGAGGGAAUGGCUGAGAGGUCAGUGGGAGUAGUAGUCACUCCAGCUAUAGGGUCUGGAGCUGGAGUGGAUGUAGGAGCAGGAGUCAGAUUAAGGGGUAAUGCUACCCCUGUGGGUAGAAGGGGCAGUGAUACCAGGAGAACAGACAGAUAUAGUGCUGAGCUUAGCUUAGCCACGGCAGGUCCUGCAGCAGGACAGGGUUGUUAUACAGUAGGCAGCUCUGCUAGUUUGGGGCGUCAUGCUACAUCAUACAACCCAGAAGUUGAGACUGGAGCGAUGGGGAUGGCGGGGAGCUAUGGGAGUUCAUACAGCUCCCUGUAUAUGAGUGGAGGAGAGGUAGGGAUGUAUGGGACUGGGCUACAGCUUGGUGUAAGUGGGAGUAGCGCUACAAGCGACUGGCAAAUGGACAGUGUGAUAGAACAAAUAGAAAAGCAAAUGGCUGCCGUGCUGGAGAAGAUUGAAGGAGACAUGCCCUCACUGCUAGAGCAAAUCAGUGACUGCCCUGUUGAAUCACCACGUGCCCGGAGCACACACGUCUCACCUGCCACCUCCCGUGCACGCUCUUCACAACACUCCUCAACUGUAACAUCAGUCACUCCUCCACCUCUUCCCACCUCUCCCAGGCCUGCACUGCCCUCACUCCCUCGCCUCACUAUCCCUCCUCCCUCCUAUCCUCCACCCUCCCCACCCACACAAGCCUCACUGAAGUCUGUGGGGAAGCAAGAAGACAGGGAUGGACAGAGGGGUGCUGCUCAUUCUAGCCAGUCGCCCAGAGCUGGGAUGGGCACGGGGCUAUGAAGCAGAUGUAAUGCCUAAACCAACACCUGAAGUUUAAACCUGAGAGUUUAAUAACUCUGUCUUCUCUCCCACAAGUAUCAUCCAUUUUCUCCCUAGCAGAAAAGUAAACAUACAGUGUUGUUUGGUUUGGCAGUGUAUUCAUACUGAGAUAAUUGGCAUUCAAAUACACUCAUGACUGGGGUCUAGGAGGAGUAGAGUACUGCAUCCCAGUGUAGCCCGACAGCUUGCAAAGAUCAAGAUUUUUUGCAUCUGAAAUCCAAAUUGUGUAUAUGAAUACUCAGCACACAAACACCUAAUACUGGAAUCCAAGCACUCAGCAGUUUACAAAUUAUGAAUCUAUACAAGUAAAAACAAACUGUACAGUUUGUAAACUGCACAUACUGUAAAUACACAUGGAAAAAAAAGAAAAACAGGUUUACUAUAUUGCUCUAAUCCCAUGUUGUGAACUUCCGCACAUCCAAACCGGUGAUUUACUUAUUUCAGAUCAGUUCCUCCCAUUUCAUUAUUUUUGUUCCUUAUUUAUUUAUGUAGCUGUAAGGCUGCAGCUUGCAGUCACACAGUUGUACAGAGGUAUGUGAAAGUGAACUGAUAAAGCCUUUCUACUGGAUGCUGGAGAUUUUGAUUUGUUUUAUUAUACAUUGUGUUUAAACUUUAGCUGUCACCCAAAGUAUUGGAAAUUGCUCCGCACCUAGAGCUCGGUAAUCUUUAGAUGCACAAUAUUGUAUAAAGGCUUUGCGAUCACACACACAUUACACACACACACACACACACACACAGACUUGUGGUCAUCACUUACAGGGUCCGUACAUAGACGUACAUUCCUUUCCAGGGGCCUUACCUUAACCUUAACCAGAACCACUACUUGUCUAACAUUAACAUCAACAUUAAUCUUAACCAAAGCUGACACUUGCUCUGACCCCAUAAUUUUUGUAACAUUCGAUUAACUAUCUGUGUGGCCCAGCCUCUGGGCCCUGCAAGUAGAUUGUUGAUCCCCAUGAACAUAGUAACUCCUGGAUUUUGGGCCCUACAGAUACAUAAAAACAAGAAAACAAGCACACACAUACUCACACAUUUCCUCUUAUUCUCCAAAAAUCUUGCCCAGAAGGUUUGUAUUCCUUUUUCUUUAGUUUUGUUGAAGCACAUUCAUUUAGUAAUGUUAGCUGGACAGUGUUGUUUAUAUUUGCUCAUAUUUAUCAUACCCCCCCAAAAAAUGAUCUUUCUGAAUUUCAUUCUGCUUUUCUACAGUAUGUAGUACCAGGUUCUGUGCUUUUUUUUCUCCCGACAAGCCUUGACAUCCACUUCUCUAUGUAGGUUACUCUGUGCAUUGUUGGCAAGUCUUAAAUAAAUAAAAUAAAAUAGAUAUUGAGUUGUUUCAUUGGUUGAAAGUUUUUAAACCUGAGAUGAUAGCACUUUAAAAACUGUUUCCUCUUGGAAUUAGCUAUGCUUUUUAGUGCUAACACGGAAAGAACCGUUAUCCAGCAAUUUCCCGUGGAGGCAUUUUCACGCCAUGCCUACAAGGUCCAUCUGGCCUUGCGUGAACUUCGGAUUAGUCUAUAUUUGGGAAGGCACGGGGGUGAAAAAAAAUCAUCAUGGUUGUAGACUGUUAUCAUACGAUGAAACCACACAGUGGCGUUCAUUUCCACGUGUUUUGGAAUGUAAAUGAUGUGUUUGGGCACUAAAGGUGAAUAAAAGAAUCCACUUCAGAUAAAUCAAUCCGAUUACAUUUUCCGUGAACC